AAAGUGCUCCAUCCUUUGUAAAAUUAUGGCAAAAUAGCUAGAAAAAGAAUUAGAAGAUGAUAUGUGGACUAAGUUAUGUUCUACAUCACCUUUCAAAACUACCUCCAUGAACACAAGAGAAGCAGUGUACAAAAUAUGUACUAGAUGGCCCUUCAUCCAAGGAAAUUUGGUGAGCGACCUCAACCUAAACAGCUCACCAGGGAAGCUAUGAGAAAUUAUUUAAAGGAGCGAGGUGAUCAAACAGUCCUAAUUCUUCAUGCAAAAGUUGCACAGAAAUCUUAUGGAAAUGAAAAGAGGUUUUUUUGCCCGCCACCGUGCGUCUACCUUAUGGGUAGUGGGUGGAAGAAAAAAAAAGAACAGAUGGAACGGGACGGCUGCUCCGAGCAGGAAUCCCAACCGUGCGCCUUCAUAGGGAUUGGAAAUAGUGACCAAGAAAUGCAGCAGUUGAACCUGGAAGGAAAGAACUAUUGCACAGCUAAAACCUUGUACAUAUCUGAUUCUGACAAGAGAAAGCACUUCAUGUUAUCGGUAAAAAUGUUCUAUGGUAACAGCGACGAUAUUGGCGUGUUCCUCAGUAAACGGAUCAAAGUAAUCUCCAAGCCUUCUAAAAAGAAACAGUCACUGAAAAAUGCAGACUUGUGCAUUGCAUCAGGGACUAAAGUGGCACUAUUUAAUAGACUCCGGUCGCAAACUGUAAGCACCCGAUACUUGCAUGUAGAAGGGGGAAACUUCCACGCCAGCUCACAACAGUGGGGAGCCUUUUACAUUCAUCUCCUGGAUGAUGAUGAAUCGGAAGGAGAAGAAUUCACUGUUCGAGAUGGCUAUAUCCAUUAUGGACAGACGGUCAAGCUUGUAUGCUCAGUUACUGGCAUGGCACUCCCCAGAUUGAUAAUUCGGAAAGUGGAUAAACAGACCGCAUUACUAGAUGCAGACGAUCCAGUGUCACAGCUCCAUAAGUGUGCAUUCUACCUUAAAGAUACAGAAAGAAUGUAUUUGUGCCUUUCUCAAGAGAGAAUUAUCCAGUUUCAAGCCACUCCAUGCCCCAAAGAACCAAAUAAAGAGAUGAUUAAUGACGGAGCUUCGUGGACGAUCAUUAGCACAGAUAAAGCAGAGUAUACGUUUUAUGAGGGGAUGGGACCGGUCCAUGCUCCAGUAACACCCGUGCCUGUUGUGGAAAGUCUACAAUUGAAUGGUGGUGGAGAUGUAGCGAUGCUGGAACUAACGGGGCAGAACUUCACUCCAAAUUUACGUGUCUGGUUUGGGGAUGUCGAAGCGGAAACCAUGUACAGGUGCGCUGAAAGUAUGCUGUGCGUCGUCCCUGACAUUUCUGCAUUCCGGGAAGGCUGGCGGUGGGUCCGUCAGCCCGUCCAGGUGCCUGUAACGUUGGUCCGCAACGAUGGCAUAAUCUACUCCACCAGCCUUACGUUUACUUACACGCCAGAGCCAGGGCCCCGACCCCACUGCAGUGCCGCUGGAGCAAUCCUCAGGGCCAACUCGAGUCUCCUGGCAUCCAGCGAAACAAAUGCAAACAGUGAAGGAAGUUACACAAACGUCAGCACAAACCCAACCAAUGUCACAUCAUCAACGGCAACGGUAGUUUCCUAACCACUGCUCUUGGUGUGGAACUUUUUAAAAAAAACCUUGACUUUCAAGUGCUUCAAACAACAAAACUGAACCAUUUUUGU